CCGGCCCCGCCCCCUCCGCGCUCACAAAGCCAAUUAAUAAUGUUGAGCAUCUUGCCAGCAGAGAGCCACCAUUGCUGCAGCGGAGACACGCACACGCGCACGCGCCGUGGCCCUCUUUAAAGCAGGCUGCAGACGGAGAGCCUCCACAGGACCUCCAUGUGUCUCCAUGCUGACAGCCUUUAGAGCGGCACAAGACGAAGAAGAGGAGGAAGAGGAGGAGGGAGAGAACAAGGGCUCCAUCAACACUGGCGGGAACGUCCUGGUGGGAUCGCGGAUAUUCCCGGGAUAUAGCCGGGAACGAUAAGAGGAAGAAGAAGAAGACGCACCGACUCCUCGUCCUCCUCCUGGCCGCUCCAUGUCGAGUGAUGGUCGGCCUGCCUCGCUGGAAGCUCUCCGCCGCUUGUGGAUCGUCGACGAGCGAAGCCGUGGUGAGCGCAGACCCCCACUCCCGGCGGAAAGCCACCCCCGGCUCUACCGGCUCUAGAGCUCCCUAUGGAAACCGGGGAUCAGAAUUUUAGGAAAAAGCGAAAUCCCGUCGGUUCAUUGAGUUCUUCUCGUUUCCUCAGUGAGAUCCAAGCUUGCCGUUUUUGCCUUGAGCUCCAUGUUAGCCGCUCGCUGGUUCCAUUGGGCCUGCCGGGACUUGAUGACUGAUUUAUUGGGGGUUCUUGCGGUCCGCCGGAGCGACGAACAGGUUGGCCGCUCCUCGUCAGAGCCGCUUCGCUUUCACUCUUUCGGGCUGCAGAGGAGGACACGACAGAGGCCCUCCUCCUCCUCCUCCUCCUUCUUCUUCUUCUUCUUCUUCUUCUCCUCCUGCACAUUCUGAGCUGCCGUCCUCCUCCUCCUCCGUCUCCUCGUUUUUUCUCUCCGUGGCGCUCCUCAUCCAAACGCAACCAUAAGGCUCCUGGCGCCUCCUCCGCCUCCUUCCUCCCUCUCCUUCCGCUCCGCUUUGGCCCGCUUUUUCGGCUUGCUGUGGUCCCGCAAAUUUUCAAAUAUUUACUUCCUGUACAUCAAGAGGAAAGGGGGUCCCCCUUUCAUGGAGUGCGGCAACAUGGGUCUGUUCGACCGCGGAGUGCAGAUGCUGCUGACCACGGUGGGCGCCUUCGCGGCCUUCAGCCUCAUGACCAUCGCGGUGGGCACGGACUACUGGCUCUACUCCCGCGGGGUCUGCAGGAGCAAGUCCGUCAGCGACAACGACACCAGCAAGAAGAACGAGGAGGUCAUGACUCACUCGGGCCUGUGGAGGACCUGCUGCCUGGAAGGAAACUUCAAGGGGAUGUGCAAACAGAUCGACCACUUUCCCGAGGACACGGAUUACGAAGCGGACCCGUCUGAGUACUUCCUGCGAGCGGUGCGAGCGUCCAGCAUCUUCCCCAUCCUCAGCGUCAUCCUGCUCUUCAUGGGAGGCUUGUGUAUCGCCGCCAGUGAGUUCUACAAGUCUCGACACAACAUCAUCCUCAGUGCAGGGAUCUUCUUCGUGUCCGCAGGCUUGAGCAACAUCAUCGGAAUCAUCGUGUACAUAUCAGCCAACGCGGGGGACCCCUCCAAGAGCGACUCCAAGAAGAACAGCUACUCGUACGGCUGGUCCUUCUACUUCGGCGCUCUGUCCUUCAUCAUGGCGGAGAUGGUGGGCGUGCUGGCCGUGCACAUGUUCAUCGACCGCCACCGGCAGCUGCGGAUGGGGGCGCGGGCGGCCGACUACCUCCAGGGCUCGGCCAUCAGCAGGAUCCCCAGCUACCGCUACCGCUACCGGCGCCGCUCGCGGUCCUCGUCUCGCUCCACGGACCCCUCGCACUCCCGCGACGCCUCGCCGGUGGGCCUGAAGGGCUUCGGCGCGCUGCCGUCCACCGAGAUCUCCAUGUACACGCUGCCCAGGGACACCCUCAAGUCCUCGGGCACGCCCACCUACAACUCGGAGCGGGACCACAACUUCCUGCAGGUCCACAACUGCAUCCAGAAGGAGCUGAAGGACUCCAGCAACGCGGCCAACCGCCGCACCACGCCCGUAUGAGGCCCGACCGCCCUUUGCCUCCAUCUUUCUAGAACCGUCUUCUGUUUCUGCAUGACUCUUCCACGUCCACGGGAGGGUGGGGGGGGGCCUUCAUGACGUCAUAGCCUUUUGCCGUUCAAGAUAAACACCUGCUUUAUUUUUGGGACUUUUGCAUUGAAACUGUGAAUUAUUACAGCCUGAGCCCAAGCUGUACACUCUAGUAUUAAUAUAAAUAUGAAUAUAAAUAUAUAUAAAUGUAUUACUUUUCUAAAGAAACCAUCAAUAAUCAAGACGGAAGCAAAAAAAGAGUUCAAGUGCUGUUGUUGACAAAAGACUCUUUUAGUAUCUGCUCCAGGAGACGCUUAGAAUUCCGUAUAUCUAUUCUUCUUUUUGCUUUUCUCCAUAGAACCUUCUCCUCUUUUUCUCUCCGUCCCGCUUGGCUGUCUUUUCCACGCAGCUCCGAAAACUUGAGAUGGGAUUUGAGGCAAAAAACAAGAAAGCACGGAGCAGGAAAAGAGCAAAAGAGGAGGAGGCCAAACAUGAGCGAGAAGUACCGGAGAGGCUACGUGACGCGCUACGUCAACAAGAACUGCAUGCUAAUUGAACGACUUCAGUUGUCAUGUGUACUUCUUUUCCAUGGUUAUUUUCUUUUGAUGAUUUUUGGCUUUGUCGGCCAAACCAAACAAACCACAACACCGCUCCCCCCCCCAUAACUAGAAGUUUGGUUGAGGAAUUUCUAAAUAUAUAUGAAUAUAUACAGUAUGUAUGUCUUUUAUUUUGGAAAACAACUCACACAGCCUUAGCCGUUCAUUUCUUCUUCUUUUCUUUUUGACGUCUUGUUCAAAUGGAAAAAGAAAUCUUUAAAAAGGUGCCAAAACCGAAUGAUCCUAAACGUGGAUGCAUCGAGUCCUGAUGAAUAAAAUACAAACCCGAGCCAGGGGGGAAAUAAUCAACACUUUGUCUCCGAUCUUGCUUUUUU